AUGGAAGCCUCGCGGUUCGGCUUCGGCCGCGACAUGGCGGCGGCGUUCAAGUUCGACCCCACCGACGCCGACAUCGUCGCCUCCUACCUCCUCCCCCGCGCGGUCGGCCUCGACGAGCCCCACGGCCACGGGCGCGCCGUCAUCGACGACGACCCCAUGAGCCUCCCGCCGUGGGACCUCAUGGAGAAGCACAACCACGGGACAAGCCACCAGGCCUUCUUCUUCGGGCCUCCCAGGAACGGGGGCCCCGUCAAGCGCGUCGUGCCCGGCAAGGGCGGCGGCACGUGGCAAGGGCAGAAUGGCAGCGUCGGGACCGUCACCCUGUUCUGCGAUGGCGAUGGCGAUGGCGCCCGCGCGGGAGAGGUGGACAUCAGCUACAGGAGGUACGACCUCACCUACAAGCGCGCGGGCGACAAGGCCCCCAGCGGCUGGGUCAUGAGCGAGUACCAGAUCACCUCGCCGCCGCUCUUGAGCACGGUGCUCACCCGCAUCGGAUUGACCGUCGCCGCCAGGGAGCAGAGGAAGCGACAGCCGGCCGACCCGGAGCCGUUUGCUCAGCACGGCCCUGACAAGGUGCUGGCCGUCGCAGCCGCUGCCGCCGCCGCCGCCGAACAUCAACGGGUUUCACCACCGCCAGUGCAGUCGGGCCCUGACGCGCAAGCCGACGAUGGUGCUCUCUACCAUGGCGGUACUAGCGUCACCGGCGUGGGGGAGAACGGUGGGCACUACACUGUUCCGCUUCUGCUCAACGGCCAAGAGUACUACAAGGACAAGAGCCGCGUCAAACGCAAACGGCGGCGAUAUGGGGCAUGA